AUGAGAGUUCUGAUCUUCGCCGCCGUCCUCGCCUACGCGUCAGCAGUGCCAUCCGGCCUGCUCGGCCAUGGUCUCCUCGGCCACGGGUACGCUGCCCCCCUGGCAGUGGCCCACGCCCCAUUAGCCGUGGCCCACGCUGCCCCAGUAGUACACGCCGCCCCCGCCCUCCCCACCAUCUCCCCUGGAGACCUCCAGGGUGCCGCUAUCGAUGCCCACGUGGAAGCCUCCGACCACGCCCGCGCCGCCGUCGACGCCGCCCGCGAAUACCACGACCAGGCCUCCGAGCUCCAAGGCAGAGCCAUCAACGCCGCCGAAGACCACUCCUGGCAAGCGGUCGACGCUGUCAAGACAGCUGAAGCUCAACUGGACGGCCAGGCCGCCGGUGUCGCCCCCAUCUUAGCCAAGCAAAUCGCCGGUCACGCUCCAGUCGCCGCGUACGCCGCCGCACCCGCUCUGGCCCACGCCGCCCCCGUUCUGGCCCACUCCGCCCCCGUCCUGGCCCACGCCGCUCCCGUUCUGUCCCACGGGUACGCCCACGGGUACGCUGCCCCGGCUCUCGCUGCCAGCAAAACCGUGGUGAGCCAGUCCCUGUCCCAGUCCCACCCCGCCCCCCUAGUCCACUCCGUCGUCGCCCCGGUCGCGUACGGGCACGGUUACGGUCAUGGUCUUGCUCAUGGAUGGUAAAUUGUGAUAUAUUAUAUAUUUAGAUACCAAAAAAUACUCAAUUUUGGAAUGUACAUAAUUUAAAAAA